UGCGUCGUAGAUCUCUUAGAUCCCUACCGACGUUCGGUGUCAGCGGUUCGCGAAACCAGUGGUCUUCAUUUUAUCCCAGUUUUUUUUUUUUAAUAUCGUCUUAAAACAACUCGAAUCAAAUGUGAAAAGAAUCGCGUAGGAAAAAUCGUUCUUUGGUAUUUCCAUUAACGGGUAACAAGUGACCGGAAGCGACCAGUUGCAUCGAGCGAUGUCAGCGUCAGAGGAAUACGUGUGUUUGCUCUCCGCGGAAGAGAAGGCGUACAUGGCGGCGCAUUUGAACGAAACCGACGACAUUAGACCCGUUAAAAUUGCCGAACUUCGAGAAUACAUUAUGGAGAACGAUGAUCUACGCGCGCCUAUCGACGACUUCUCUAUUCUGCGUUUUCUGCGAGCCAGCAAGUUCAACGUAGAGAAAGCAAAGUGCAAGCUACGAAAUUAUUAUAAACAGAGGUCAAACCUGCCGGAAUGGUACAGCAACAGGGAUCCAUUUCUGCCGCAGUUGCAAGAACUCUUUGAUAUCGGGGUAUUCGUACCUUUGAGGAAGCUAGAUAACGAGGGAAGAAUGGUCGUGAUAAUACGCGCCGCCGUGCACACCCCCUCGAAACACAAAAUGGCCGACAUGCUGAAGGCGUCGUUGAUGGUGUUGGAUUUGGCGUUGAGGGACCACGAGUCGGUCACCAUUCACGGUAUAACGGCCAUUUUGGACAUCGCCGGGAUGAGCUACGAGCACGUGCUCCAAUUGCCGCCGAGCGUGAUUAAGAAUUUGGUCCACGCGUGGCAAGGCUGCUAUCCCGUCAGAAUUUACUCGUUAGACUUCAUCAACGCUCACAGGCUGAUAAACACCGUGCUCAACAUCUUCAGGAGCUUCAUGAACGCCAAGCUGAAGCAGAGGGUGCACAUUCACUCUCGCGGUAAAUUGAAACUGUACGAAACUCUGCCGAUCGACAUUCUGCCGGAGGAAUAUGGCGGCACCAAUGGCACUCUGAAGGAAUUGAGCGAGUAUUGGAAGCGGGCGGUGGAGGAGAACAGUGAGUGGUUCGCCGAGGAGGAAAAGUACAAAUUGACAUUGAUUAAGUAACUAGAUUGAUUCUAAUUUGCGAUAACGAGCAAUUGCAUAUGCAGUUGUUCGAGCACUCGCGACGAACUGGUACGCGAUGGGCGUCGAAAUAUUUUGUACGUUUUUUUGUCAAAGUUUUUUUUUAUACAAGAAAAUUACAAGGAAAA